UUAAGUAUUGACAAUUUAUGUAUAUAUCGAUACAGAGAAUUCGGCCUUUCACUCCCUCCCUCUUUUUACAAGCGAUGUAAAAUGAAUGAAAUAUUAUUGAAUGUAAUGUUAUGAAGCUUUAUCUAACGCUAAAGCACUAUUUUGUGACUAGAGCACAUCAACACAAGAGUAAUAGAAACGAAAAACUGGUGAAGCAGCUGAGAUCCACGUAUCAAGAAAGAUGACGUUCAUUAAAGUGGAGAGUGAAGACAUGAAGAUUGAAGAAGUAUUUAGCAUGAAACAAGAAGAUACUGAGGACCAAACAAAGAUGGCGCUUAUUAAAGAGGAGAGCGAAGACCUGAAGAUUGAAGAAACAUUCAGUGUCAAACAUGAAGAUUCUGAGGAACAAUCAAAAAUUAGGUUUAUUAAAGGGGAGAAAGAAGACAUUAAGACUGAAAAAGCAUUCAUAGUCAAACAUGAGGAUACUGGGGAACAAACAGAUCUACUGGCACUGAAAGAGGAUAAAGAAGUACUCAAUGAAACUGAAAAAGAUCAAUAUGAGAACCUUCAAAGGACAGUAACCAGAAGUUUCGUUCAACAGGACAUCCCUAAAGAUCAAACUGGGGAAAGAUUCUCUAAUAAAGUAAGUCAUGAGAGGCACAUAAAGAUUCACACUGGAGAAAAGCCUUUCAUAUGCGUUCAGUGUGGAAAAUGUUUCACUCUAAAAGAAAACUUCAACAGGCAUGUGAGAUCUCACAGUGAAGAGAAGCCUUACACAUGCCAACAGUGUGGUGUGAGUUUUGCUCAACAUGGACACCUUGAAAUCCACAUGAAGUUUCAUACUGGCGAGAGCCCUUUUACUUGCCAACAUUGUGGAAAAUGUUUUGCUUGUAAAUCCAUUCUUGAAAGACACUUAAUAAUUCACACUGGAGUAAAGCGGUUUGCAUGCCCUCAGUGCGGAAAAUGUUUCAAUCAACGAGGAAACCUCAAAGCCCACAUUAGAACACACAGUAGAAAGAGUGCCUUCAUCUGCCAACAGUGUGGAAAGAGUUUCACUCAUAUAGGGAGUCUCAACGGGCACAUGAGGACUCACACCGGAGAAACACCUUUCACGUGCCAACAGUGUGGAGACAGUUUUGCUCACAAUGGAAACCUUAAACUCCACAUGAGAAUCCACACUGGAGAAAAGCCUUACAGUGUGUCAUAAGUUAAACUCAAAUCCUCAACAGACACAUGAGAAUUCACACUGGAGAGAGCUCAGUUAUGUUUCAACACUUCUACAUUUAAAACUCCAGCAUACAUAAUGUUAUUGACCUGAACUGAUUUAAACUAAAGAAUGACAGUAUUGGCUUUUUGGAGUUGCUUUACAAUAUAAUCUAAGGCUGCAUUUACACUGCAGGUCUUGAUGCCCAAAUCCGAUUUUCUGACUAUAUCCAAUUUUUUUGACGACCUGCUAACAUCAUCUUUUAAAAGUGACCCGUAUCCGAUUUUUGCAUUUACACUAUACACUGCUGAAACUACCAAACGUAGACUUUCUGACCCGGAAAAGUAAGUAAAACAUCACGAAAUACAAUGGAUGCAGAUGCAAAUAAAAUUAUACAGUGUUUUGCUUUGUAUUUGUUUUUUUAAGCUUUCUAUCGUAGUUGGCACUGUAGCCACGAGCGCUUAAAACCGUACCUCCCCAUAUCUCAUAAAAUGUCUUCAAACACAGAUUUAUUUCUGUAACAAUCCUGCAUUUUUCUCUGCACCAAAGACUUAAAAGACGUGAAACCCUCCGCAUUGCUCCACUGUGUGUAUCCUUCAUCCUCCAUCGCGCCAAUAAGUCAUGUGAUCUCAGUUGGUGUCCACCUGAGUUGACGUCACUUUUUUUAAUGUCGUACGACUCGCAUUUACUGGGGAAUAUCCAAUUUGUCUGCUUACAUGGCACACGAAAAUUCAUAUCUGAUUUAUUGCCACAUGAAUGUGGCCUGAAUCCGAUCAGAGAAAAUAAGGAUCCAUGCGUUUUUUACCUGCUUACACGUUCACCGGUCAUAUCCCAUCUGUGCCACAUGAGAGGAAAAAAUCGGAAUUGGGUCACUUGGACCAUGCAGUGUAAAUGGGGCCUAAAUGGGCUUCAUAGUUCCAUGAUUAAUUACUGUAUUGUUUAUCUCUGUGAAGCUGCUUUGAUGCAAUCCAUAUUGUGUAAAGUUCUAUUGAAUAAAGAUGACUUGACAUAA